UAGACUUCUUCAUCUUCUUCUUGCAAAUUGUCCAGACCAUAGAGAGAGAGAGAGAGAGAGAGAGGGAGGGAGAGAGGAAGUACGGUCGAUGAUGGCCAAUCUCUUCAUUCUAAAGUUUCCAAGUUUCAGUUCCAGCUUAAGGACUGUCUCUGCUUCAGCUUCAUCAAAUGGUGCUCUUCCGUUGUCAGCAGGGAGUGGCAACGGCAGUGGGCCAAUGAUCCUGGAGCUUCCUCUGGAGAAGAUACGGAGACCUCUAAUGAGAACCAGAGCUAACGACCCUGAUAAAGUCAAAGAACUAAUGGACAGCAUACAAGAAAUUGGCCUUCAAGUACCCUUUUCUACUGUGCUGUUUGAGCAAUUGGUAUCCAUUAAAAAAAUGAUUGAUGUACUUGAAGUUGAUGGAGUUUAUUAUGGUUUCUCUGGUUGUCAUCGCUAUGAAGCUCAUCAACGUCUGGGGCUUCCUACAAUCCGCUGCAAAAUUCGUCGUGGAACUAAAGAAACAUUGAGGCACCACCUACGUUGAAUACCUACGUUGAAGUUUCAAUAGGUUGCCUUACCUUCUGGUAGUAAAUUUGCAAGUUCCAUCAAACUAUUUAUUGUUUAUUAAUGCUACAAAAGAGCUAUUACUGAAUUCUUAAAACAAACAUACUGUGUAUAUAUCAAUCAUUGGAAAUAUUUUCAAUGUCAAAGUUUAGUUGUAAAUAAAGUAAAACCAUUACUUAUA